AUGAUACAACUAAAGACAAUGCUGAACUGCAUUGAUAACUCUGGCGCAGCCAUCGUAGAAUGCGUUAAUGUAAUGCGCAUGAAGCGACACGCAAAGAUUGGGGAUCGUAUUAUAGUUGUCGUUCAAAAGCAACGAAAUUUUGGCCCUGAAUCUGGACCGGGCUCUUCAGUCUCCACAUCAGCUGCCAAUAAAGUACGUAGAGGUGAUAUAAGACAUGCUGUUGUUGUCAGAACAGCGAAAAAGCUACAGAGACCAGAUGGCAGUGUUGUUAAAUUUGAUGAUAAUGCAUGCGUUUUAAUCAAUAAAACAGGAGAGCCUAUUGGUACAAGACUAAACGGUGUGGUCGGAUCUGAGCUUCGAAAGAAAAAAUGGUCCAAAAUCUUAUCUUUGGCUCCAAUGCAUCUUUGA